UAUUGCGUAUUAAAUAAUUAUUUUCAAAAAAUUAACUAACCCCAACAGUGAGUCUUAGGUUGAGAAAAGGUUGGAAUAAAAUGUUAAAAUUCAGCGCUGCUGAAGACACCAGCGAAGACAAAUCUUCAGCAAAGGAUAUUGAGCGUUCAUCUGAUGACGCUUCACGGUCUGCUGAUCACGCAAUUAUUUGCCAGGCACCAGGCGAAGGUGCGUGUGAAAUUACCGGGUGCGUUGUUUUGAAUCCCAAAAUCAUUGUUGUAGCAGACCGCUGGAACAUGUCAUUGAAAGUAUUGAGCACAGACGCUUCCAAUCCAGAAGUUAUAAGCUGCCUGAAACUGGAAUGCAGCCCCUUUGACUUGACCCUGACCCCUGGCAACAAGAUCGCAGUAACAGUUCCAGAGGAGAGGAAGAUAGUGUUUGCGUCUAUUCAGAAGGAAGAGCUUUCCCUUUGUAAAACGCCUGGAAAGGAGAAGAAAGAUGGAUUCAAUUUGCAUUACAUGUGCUAUGGGAUAAACUACAGCGAACAAAAGCUAUACGUUGUUAUACAAAAGGAUGAUAGCGAAGAAAAUUAUCAACUUUUGAUCUUGAAGGUAGCUGAUGGCUCCACUUUGAAAUCACUUCCCAUGCAGCAGUAUCGGGGGCUACGGUACUUGGCCAUUUGUCAUGAUAAAAUCUAUAUGACAUCUGACUCAGGCACUUUGCGAUUUAAGAAGCGGACAGAGGAUAUAAAGAUUGUUGAAAAGGAUAGGUUUUCGUACGGCAUCAUCGAAGUCGAUGGGGACAUCAUUGUCUGCAAUAAGUCCAGGAACAGUAUUCACACGGUUUCCCGAAGCAGCAAAUUGGCUUACUUCUCUGGUAGAAGGGAGCUCCUGGCGAUUCCGAAGCCCCUUGCACUUUGUUACUGUCCGGACACAAAGAGACUGUUUGUUUCUCAGUCAAGAGAGUGCGGCGGUCGAGCAAACGUGUUGACUGUUCGUCAGAUGAAAUAGACAAUGUCAAUCCGUACUAAAUGCAUAUGUUGUAAAUGACUUUUUGUAUGACGAUCUUACCAGAGACGGUAAUGAAAAACAGCAUUGUUUCAACUAUAGUUGCUUUUUAAUCGGCAUAUGCUAACAAUCUUUCUUUCUCGAUUACAUCUUUUUGUUUUACUACUCUCAUUUUUUUACUACUUCAC